GGAAGGAUUUAGCAAACACAAGCAGCGGAAAACCCUAUUUUUUUCUGGGCUCGCGGGCUCGCAAUGCUUUGCCGCCAGUCCACUACUACUCUUUCUGGUUUGUAAGAGCCCAGGUCCAAGCUCUGCAGUGAGCGGGCCCAAAUAAUGAAAUUAAUAUUUUUCGUGGUUGAUAUGAUUUAGGGAUUUUCGUGACCGACGGGGAGACCAAUCUGAGAGACGAGAACGGUAAUGGCGAUUCCUCCACCGUCAUCAUCCAGCGGCGGCAGCGGAAUCACAACUUUCCACCCGCCGGCGCCGUCGACGAGCACCAGAGGAGGCACCGCAAAAGCUGCUGUGGCAGAGCAGAUCUCUCAGACCGUUCAGUCCACUUUCAAUCUCCUCCAGCUGAUGCAAGAAACCUCUCCUUCCCAGGCGCAACUGUCUAAGCUUCCGAAGAACCUUCUGGCAAAAGCCUCCACGAUGAAGAACACUGGCCAAAUUUUGGAGCAGCUGCCGCAGGUGAUUUCAACAUUGGAUGCACACAUGGAGAAUGGGUUGCAAAGCGCUCCGCAUCUGCAAACAGUGUCCCAAAUACUUGCUAAUAUGGAGAGUAGUCAGCUGAGUUCCCUUUCCUCAGCCCGUGUUGCUGCAGAGCAACAGGAGUCGGACCAUCAUGCUCCUGAGUCUGGUUGAAGGGUGAAAAAUUGCAGCUGCCAAACGACGUGAAACCCUCAAAGCGUCAUCCUCCUGCUGAUCAUGGCUGGUAAUCCUUGGGAAGCACUGACCGAUUUUUGCAGUCUUGCUUCUUCUGUAGAUAAACCAUAACAUUUCACAGCUGCUCUGCAACAGGCACCUUCUCUUUGUGGACGAAUCGAACAACGCAAUGAAGAUCGAAGUACAUAAAUUAUACAUUUUUUCUGUAUCUUCUGUAGAACUAACUCUCUCUCUUUGUAUGAUUCUUCUCACAAAUUUACAAUAUGAUCUGGACAAUUCAAUCCAAAAACUUGAUGGAGAUCGGUUGGAGUGACUAAUUCGUUCGAAAGCCAAAAGUUUAGUGGCCGUUUAUUAGUGAUGACGACUUUUAGUGACUGUUUUGUUAACGCAAUUGACUCGAAUAAAUCUCACAAGCAAAG